CCCCAAAACAAAGUCUCGCGUGAACACAGCAGAACGAGAUUACAGUGUUAGGGAGGGCUGCAUGGAGAGCUGGAAGAGACAAAACAAAAGCCUCACAUUUCAACCCACAAGGCGCUGGUCGCUUUUUAUUCUUUUGUGUAAAACCAAAACAAAAUCUGAUUUCCGUUUAACGCCGUUAUUAUUAUUAUUAUUAUUAUAAUAAAGUUUUAUUUGCAUCAUGCCUAGUAGCACAUCUCUGCUGGAGGCCGACGAGGGAGAGUCCGAGGUGCCGCCGCCGCUAGUGCACGCUUUCACCGGUAUGGGCCUUGAGGAGCACCACGGCGGAGCCCAGAGCCACCAGAGCACCGAACAACUAGACGAGAGCCUCCCGUAUCACCACCACCACCUCCACCACCAGCUCCCGGUUCCUCACUUCAACCUGCUCGGCACGGUGCUCGACCUGAAGCCGCUGCACCGGCCGCCCUCCUCGGGAGAUGAAAGGACUGCAGCGGAGGACGAGGAGACAGAAGUUGUAGCCAACGACGACGACUCCUCGUUGCUAGGGCAGCAGGCCCACCACCAUCGCAACCACCACCACCACCUCCCACCGGGCUCCUCCGGGAUGCCGCCGUCCGUCGAGACGGUGUUGUUGUACAACGGAGACGAGCUGGAUGACACCGGGCUCCUACCACCGACACCGGGCGGCAGCAUGGCGAUGCUACCGCCCGGCGUGGUGGUGUACCCGGGCGGGGAGUCGUCCGGCUACGAGGCCGAGGAGGCUGCAAUGCUGGCCCGGAGGAAGAGCGUCAACACCACGGAGUGUGUGGCGGUGCCGAGCUCCGAGCACGUCGCGGAGAUCGUGGGCCGGCAGGGCUGUAAGAUCAAGGCACUUCGAGCCAAGACCAACACCUACAUUAAGACACCGGUGAGGGGAGAGCAGCCUGUCUUCGUUGUGACAGGGCGCAAAGAAGACGUGGCCAUGGCUAAGAGAGAGAUCCUGUCUGCGGCCGAGCACUUCUCCCUCAUCAGAGCCUCUCGAAACAAGACGGGUCCUCUGGCUGCUGCAACCGGUCCAGGGACCCCCUCUCUACCUGGACAGACGACCAUUCAGGUGCGGGUACCAUACCGUGUUGUAGGGCUGGUCGUGGGUCCCAAAGGGGCAACCAUCAAACGUAUUCAGCAGCAGACCCACACCUACAUUGUGACGCCGAGUCGUGACAAAGAGCCAGUGUUCGAGGUCACCGGGAUGCCGGAGAAUGUGGACCGGGCGAGGGAUGAGAUAGAGGCGCACAUCGCCCUCCGCACAGGAAGCUGCGGAGGCAUUGAGGCUCCUGGUGUAGACAACAACGACUUUCAAUUCAACGGGACGGAUGUCAGCUUUGAGAAUUCUGCUGCAGCAGCAGCAGCAGCAGCAGCUGGGUUGGGGGAGGCCGGAUGGCUUCAUGCAGGUGCAUCAUCACCGAGUGGUGGUGGUGCUGCUGCUGCUGCUGCUGGUGGUGGUGGUGGUGGUGGUGGUGGUGUUGGUGGCGGCGGCGGCAGCGGCUUGCUGCCAGUGAGCGUCAACGGUACUCAGCGAAUCAAUAGCAAUAUUAACAGUGGUGUCAGGAUGUCUUCCACCUACCGCAACGACAGCUCCAGUUCCCUAGGCAGCGGCUCCAGCUCAGCUGAUUCUCAGUACGGCAGCGGUAAUGGUAACCGGGUGGCAGAUUUAAGCCCAACCUGUCAGUUCAAUGCCAACGCUAACAACAACAACAGUAAUGGCGGCGGUACAAGUUUCUGGUUUGGCGAUAGCCUUCUUCCUGUGGGGUCUGAGGAGCUGGUCAGCCUGGGAGGUGGAGCUGGAGGCGGAUGCUCUUCCUCAGGAUUUGACCCGUUAACCAUCUCCACUGCCCAAGCCUCGCACCCUGCUGCACAGCCACAAAUCUGGAGCCCCUAUGUGGACCACCAACCCCCCCAGGCCUUCGAUGCGCGUCAAUCUCAGACCAGCCAGCCUGGGACACCCCGGCUCUCUCCGACCUUCUCUGGAACAGAAGCCCUGGAGCACCCUCUGGCCCAGCGAGUUCACCGAGGGCCCUUCGGCACGGCCGGGGGCCUCGAUGCCCACAGGUUCCCCUCUUACAGCUCGGCCUUCUCCUCUUCCAGUGAAAGCACCGCCUCCUCUUCCUCCCCUCCUGAAUCGUCCCUCUCCUUUCGCCCGGGGCUCGCAUCAGCAGUGAGAGGACAGGAGAUAUGCAUCCACUGUUUGGAUAACCAGGUGAUCGCUGCCUUGGUUCCCUGCGGCCAUAACCUCUUCUGUCUCGAUUGUGCCACCCAUAUAUGCCAGGGUCCAGACGCCGUUUGCCCUGUGUGCCUGUCCCCGGUCACACAGGCCAUUCAGCUCCGCAACAUGUGAUUUUAAUCCAUGAUGGCUGAUGAGGGAUCGGCCUCCCCAACACUUCCAGUUCAUAACAUGUGUGGGGAAAUUACAAAACUGACCCCGAAUCAGUGUCUAGUUGUGUCCUCACCCCUGUUUUGUCCAAGCUGGUGUUUGGUUGACAAAGGUGAGGAAGAAUAGGUGAAUUAGGAAUGAUCUGUAUUUAGGGCAUGGGUUAGGGUGUUCAGCCCGUUCAUGUGCCUGCUAUUGUGAAGUCUUCUUCCAUGAUUGAUUGAUUGAUCAAUGGGAGGGUCGGAAACCCUCUGUGUAGCAUUGGGUGGGGUGGGAUAUGUAUUUUCUUUGCUCAUCAUGAUUUUUUGAUUUACAUUUUCUUCUCCCUGAAGCAUCUAGUUAUCAGUUUCUGCCUACCUAAUAUUUUAUCAAAAUUUUUAAAUGUACUUUGAAUUCUAUUAGAUACAUAAUGUUGACUUUUGGGUCAAAGUUAUUUUUUUGUCUACAUCUCAAAAGUUUAGUCCAUUUACAAAAAACAAAUUGCUGCUACAGUUGUUUUUAUGUGCUGACAUAUGGCCCAGCCCCUUUGCCUCUCAAUUAUUGUGCCCACGGCAAACAAAAAGACGUGAGCAUGUUUACAUAUAGUGAGUCCCACGUAUGAAUAUGUAUAAACUAAUAGUAUUCUCCUGGUUACAACUCAGAAUUUUAAUGCUUACCACAGUAAACUGGAUAUAAUGUACACGUUGCUCUGGCAAAUGCCACUCUAUCCCAGAUAAUUUGCGUAAAUAUGAUCAGGCUACUUUAAACAGGAUAUGAUGUUUACAUGCUCCAGAUCAUAAAUCUGAAUUUUUGAGUAUCGCUGAUAUUAACAGCAUAUUGAUACGCGUGCAAACACACCCAAGUGGGUCAAACCCGCAACUGCAAAGAUGCCACACUCCAAUGGCAACCUCAUGUUGCCUCUCUUUCUUUCCCCGACUAGAACCAACCAGUGGGUAACUCCUUUUUGUAGAGUACCGGGAUGUUACCCCACUUCAGUAUUGCCACGUGGCUUUCCAUUUCUACUUUUAAAAAGUUGUUUACGGUAAACUUGUGCCUAAUUCCGUUCUGAGUAAACAAAAAGAAACAACUGGUUCAGCACAGUGUUGCUCUGUCUUAAAACAAACCUGUGGCCUUUUUGGAAAAGCCUGUAAUUAACUGACAACACUAUCUAAAACUCCAGAUCUUGGCUCGAAGGAAACACAAGCUGACAGAACGAGGUCUUAAUGUAUUUGUUCAAUCUCUUAAACGCAUCUUGGUGGAACAAAGGUUAUAUCACAGGGAUGUUUUCUUUUGCUUCCUAUUUUUGUUGAGCCUUUCUAAAUUGUUUACCACCUAUUGCUUUAUCUUUUUAGCGCCAAACACUCCCAUUUAGUUGAUUUCUGUUUCCAUAUUUUUUCCCUCAUUGUUUUUUUUUUUGCCUUUUUUUUUGUUUAUUUCUCGAUUUCAUCCUUGUUUGGGGAAACCAUGUGCUGGUUUUCAGCCAGAAAGAUAUGCACAGCCUGUCCCUUUGGAAACAUUCCUCCACCCCUGUAUUACAGUCACUUUUGUAGAUUGUAUAAAUAUGGUUAGUUAAUAGUAAAACCUCGCCCAAAGGUGGCUGAUAUUCUCUGAAUAACUACUAUGAAGACAGCUGUAAUCUGGAACAAAUCCCCAACACACUUUUCAUCUCUAUAGUGUCCUUCCACUUGAACUGCUCCACCCUGUGGCCGUCUCGUCACAGCCAUUUUAUGUCCUCGUUGGUAAGCAGUCAGCAAAAUAAUUCCAUUGGGAUGCAAAAUUGAGACGGCGGCCACCCACGUCUCGUCUACCAGGCCUAUGCAAAAAUCGUCUCAGUAUGUUAACUACUCGAGGAAGCACUAGAUAAAUUAAACUCCUCGGGUUUUAAUUACAGAGCUCAAACUAUCUUGGGCGUAAACUUGUAGACAGACGCAUCCCUUCCGUUUUUACGUUUCAGUCGGGGUUAACCUUCAUUACCUGCUCCUAAUGCAUUGAUGUUUUCGAUGGCACACACUUUGCUUCUCAUGCCUCAUCAGCGCAUUUGCUGUUUGUCCUGUGCCCUACUAAGCACAGCCUUCCCCAUAUCUUAUCACACUAUUGACAAGUUUGGACUCCAAAAACAGUCUGAUUCUUGUUCCCCCCCCCUCCUUCAAUGUGUGCGUCUGUCCGUUCCUCCGCCUGAGAAGUGAAGAAAAGGUACAAAUUGGUGGAAAUCAUCUCAAAUCUUAGCUUUAAACACCAGUGUCGCUAGACUUUGUUUUACAGGUUUGAAUGACGGACAUUUUCGAAGGGGAAGCAGCUGGAAUGAUUUCAUCUUGGACUGUGCUGACACUACAUGAGGUCAAUACUGUUGCUUUACAUUGUGGACAUUGGACCGCAGUCCGUCUAGCAUUCCAGCUGUGAAACAGUAUUUGGGAGUUAUUCUAUCGCUUGGCUCUGUUUCUUAAAUAUCGUCUUCUUUCGUGGAUGAUUGAGCUUUCUCGAGGAAAUGGAACCAAACCCAAAAGUGCAAAAAAACCCAUCUGCUUCUGCCCCCUCGGGUCUCCUCUCCGUCCUUUUUAUUUGAUUCUCUCAGCUCUACGAAGGGUUGAUCUCUCUCUCUUUGCUCUCUUUCUCUCUCUGAGGGAUUGCAAUACACUGUCGGCCCUCACUUUAUUGACAUGAAUCUAUUGACAUUUUUGUGUAUGUAUUAUACGAUAUUACUGUUAAUGACUGAUAAAUAUACAGAACUUAUUUUUAUUUUGUUACAUUUCAUAUAUAUACAUAAAUAUAUCUAUAUUAAAAUGUUUACAAUAAGAUUUUUAAUUUUUUUUUAAACUUUUUUUUCCGAGUGAUUUAAGUGAAUGAAGAGUUGGAAACCCAGAAAUGUUGCAGGAAGAGGGUGUCAAUGCUAUCUGCUUGUAGUCUAGUUAUUAGUUUACAGUAUUGAUGAUAAUAGUAUUGAUAGCUGCCGUUGUGGAAAAUGGAAUGUGCAUCACGAGCAUGUCUUCAUAAUGUACCGCCAAUGUAAAACGUCACACUGCAACUGUAAAAAGGCCAAGGAUUCAAGCUGCCUGUCAUGUCUGUACGCCACCAAAUUAAGAACGGUAUACUGUAAAAUGUAUCUUAGGUUAUCUCUAUAUAAAUACAUAUAUUGUUAAGCUGUACCAACAGUUCAAAGUAUUUGCUAAUUUUACUACACUUUUGUUAUGUAUAUGUAGGGGAAGUCUUAUGGCAUAUAAAUUCUUCAAAUUGAGUCAGGAGUUUAAAAGCAGACUAUAUUUUAUAACGGCCUUUUAAGUUAUUGCGGCCAAAGCACUGAUAUUAUAUAUUUGCUGUAAAGAGAAUUUAAGAGUUUUAUUUUUCUGAUAUUAAAGUCACUUAAUAAAGACGGUUUCAUUUUAA